AUGGGCGAAGUGGCACACGGCCGUGCGGGAGCCCCUCAAGAGGAAAAGGGUGCGCCAGGCCGCGACGGACAAACUCUCAAUGAACAGAGUUCCGGUGGUGCAGUGGCAGCACAGCACCAGGCGCAAUCAGCGACACACACGCGUAAUGAGCGAACUGGCAAAGAUGGUGACGAAGCCGGCAGUCCCCCGCUAUCCAACCUCAAGCCUGGUGGCGAGGACGUGACCACUGAAGGCGCUUCUGAGGUGCAGACAUCUGCCUCCGAAGCCCCACACAAACCAGCUGAUGUCAAUGGUGACACAAGUAAGACGUCUGUCACCACUGCUGCUGCUAGUGCUGCCGAGAACGUGAAGGACACGAAGAAUGCGGACAGCAGUGUCAGUCCUGUGUGGGUGCACGGAUCUCUUCUGAUGUUGAUGACGGUGUCGAUGGCGGUGAUGGCUGUGUGGUGA